GCAAUUCCUGAAACGAAAACAGGUAUCAUACAAUUAGCCCGUUAGUCUUAAAACGCGAAAUUAGCCCGUUAGUCUUAAAACGCGAAAUUUUCUAUCGCAAAAUCCGCAAAUUGAGUACCAUUGAUUCGCGAAAAUUUUUUAGGGUCUUAUCAGUUCAGUAUCAGUUCCAGCGUUUGAAAAAUUGGUAGCUAUGAAAUACGUUUUCCUUUAAUUAAAUUUUACUUUAUUUUUUUCUCUACUGUUGUUUACUUUUAUGGCUGUUAAUCGGCUGUGUUUUGAAUUUCAUUAGUUCCACUGCAAUAAGCAUGCUCACUGAAGCAGCAAUGUUUGAGCGGUUGUUUAGAAAGUGUCGACUGUGGCAAACGUGACCGCACUGUGAAGUGUUUACAAACUAGUGCAAGUUUAAAAGGUUAAUUGAAAGAAUAUAUUUCACAUUACGCGGUCAUGUAGUGUUUCUAUACUGUUUAAUGAAGCUUGAAAAACUGAUUUAAAUUUGAAUGAAAGAAUCCUUUCUGCAUGAACGGCUUUAACCUUGGUUAUACUUACAUGAGUAAAAAGUGGAACAACUUAACCAUAAAAGGUUGACCUGGUUGGCUUUUGUAGUUAACGCACAUUUAUACCAUGGAAGGACUUGUAUUAAUUUCAACGUGACAAAGAGAUGCUGCUUCUACAGCUGAAAAAAUUAUCCUAUUUAAUAUGGGAUUAUGUUUUACCUAUCUAGAAAUGCGCUGUUCCUAAUUUUACACAUAAUAAUAGAUUUGUAUAGACAACUAAAUUGCACAGAGCAGACUGUGGUUAAUAAACAUGAAAACUCGAAAUUGCAUUCACCUAGUGGUAUUUUACAGAACUUACAAGAAUCAAGCCUGACAAGCAAGAAAACCUCUACGGAUUCAACACACAAGCAAAGAAUUAAACGCAGCACGUUUUUAAUUCAAAAUGGUAGACGUUAUGCACAAGAUGGCAGCUCACAAGACUUACGAAUGCGGAGAAAUGUAUUAAAUUUAAAUAUUGAGACUGACGACUUCACAACGCAGUCUAAAGACGCGCACGUUAUUCAUGCACAGUAUAUUAGAAGUGAUAUUCCUAAACCAGAGUCUGGUAGUGGUAUUAGUUUCAAUGCGCGAUACACAAAAUUACCUACACUCAUGGAAAAACCAACGACAUCUGUAGAAUCAAGCUCUGACAAAAGAUCAAACUCGGGUUAUUUAUCUGCGUCGGUGAAAAAAGAUAUCAGUGCAUUGCAAUCUCCAACGACAUCGUACGCAACACCACGUUCUGCAACUACCAACCACCACCAAGCUACAACCAGACAGCAAACUCGUGAUAUAUUGCAGGAAUUUUUGAAACCAAUCGCAAAAAAUGAACACAAUGUAGUUCAAUAUAUAACGGCAAAAACACGAAAUGUCGUCAAAACCAAUACUUCAACAACAAGACCAUCAGCCACUGUUGUUGGCAAUCGGAAAAAUAUCAUAGAAUUUCAGGAAACUUCCACGGCACAUCAAGUAACUGAAAAAGCCUUUCCUAAGAGUAUUAUUUCAUUUUUUGAAGAAGAAGAUAAACCGACGCCGACAAUCAUACGUGAAUUUGACGAGUUUGCAGCUAACGAUAAUACCGACACCGAUACUGACUACAAUAACGAAAACGACAACUUCGAGGAAGACGAAACACCGAUCUCUGAAACACGAAUACCCAUCAUAUCUCAACUUAUUUCAGGAACACUCGACGUCGACAAUAACACUCAACAAGACAAUGUGACAAACAGAACAAAACCUUUCAUACAAACGACAGACAUUGACUCCCAAGCACCUGAUUACGAUAUUAUGCUAGAUAAUUUUUACAAUAACAAAAACAAUUUUACAACGGCAUUGUUUACACAAAACAUCAAUAACAUUACCGAUCCUUUACAAGCAAAAAACGCGGGGAAAACGCGAGAUGAUAUAGAUAAGCAUUUUUUGACUUUGAUUGAAGAAGAAUUAGAACCAAAGAAUGAGAGCAUCAGCAAUGUAGCCAACAUUGUAGAAACAAAAUUACCAAACAUAAACAUUGAUUCUAAAGAUGAAAUCGAUAUUACGGACCUUGUGAAAACGUAUCAUAAUAUUAGCGGGAAAAAUCUGGCGGAAAUGAAUCUCAGGAAUCGAAACGUUAACAAAACAAAUGAAAAUAAGAUAAACUUUUUUUACACAAAAAAUUCUAAUGGAGCAAAAUGUAUGGAUGGAUCUACACCAGGGUAUUAUUAUCGAAAAGGGUUUGGAAGCGGCAAAAGAAAGUGGAUUGUGCAUCUCCACGGAGGAGCGUGGUGCUAUGAUCUUCGUAGUUGCAUGAAACGUAGGUCUUCAAUAUUGGGCUCAACUUUGCAUUCGAAAAAUGAGAAAAUCAGUAGCUUCUUUCAUGGAAUUCUUUCUAAAAAUGGCGCAGUUAAUCCUCGAUUUUAUAAAUGGAAUGUUGCAGUUUUAUCUUACUGUGAUGGUGGUUUAUUUUCCGGCAACCGAAAAAGCUCUAUCACGGGUAAAGGUAAAGAAUUUUAUUUCGAAGGUAGAAAGGUUUUGAAAUCGCUGUUAGAUAACCUUUUACCACAAGGGUUGUCACAUGCUUCUGAUGUUGUUUUAAGCGGUACGUCUGCAGGGGGCUUGGCACUAGCAUUACAAGGUGAUUACAUAAGAGGGUAUAUUCCUGAGAAAGCUAGAGUUCGCGGUUUAAUUGACGCAGGUUUGUUUCUUGACGAAGACUCAACAUCUGAAACGGAGAACAUGGCGCGAAAACAAUUUAAAGCAUUGUACAGUCUACAUAGACCUGUUUUAAACCAGAAAUGCUUAAAAAGUUUUGCACGGAAAGACAAAUAUAGAUGUUUAUUUCCACAAAAUACAUUACAGUAUAUUAAACUUCCCAUAUAUAUUGUGAAUUCAUUGUACGAUCAUUGGCAGUUGUCUUACCUGGAAGGAGUAAACUGUAUUUAUGAUGACGCAAAAUGCGGUACAGAUCAACGUGAUAAAAUAUUAAAUUUUCGAAACAAAAUGUAUCAAACCAUAAAUAAAAUACGCAAAUUCAAGAAUGACACAGGAGUGUUUGCCAAUUCAUGUAUUGCACAUGGUCAAGUUAUACUAGACUACACGUGGUCGAAAGUUAAAGUCAAUAAUAGACAUAUUAGUGAGGCUUUUUAUGAUUGGUAUAAAGGGAACGAACUGCAACUAGGUAGUAGAAGAUAUUACAGCGCAGAUUGUAAGUAUCCGUGUAAUGGUAGUUGUCCUAGAGUACUGGCGCAAAAAUGUGUGGCUAAUUUUAAAGGAGCUUCGGAACAUCGACGAAAAAGAGACGCAGAGUUGUGUUGAGAAAGAAGAUACGCACAUCCACACGACUGUAAAUAGUGACAAUGUAUGCUUAUAACACACGCACACGAAUUAUUCCAAUUAGACAAAUAUAUUAGAAUUUUAAUUAAAUAUUCGUUUUAUUUUUAUUGUUGUUGUCUAGAAGCCUGAUUUGUAGCAACUUAACUCUACGUUUUCCCGUAAUGAUUGUUGUUGUAAACUUAUUACGUAAAGUUGAUAGGCUAAAAACUUUAAUAAGUUAGCGUUAACUGUCUCCAACGUACUUUCUGUAAUGUAAAACUAUCCCUCUCUUUUCUCUUUGUACGGAAUUGAGAAAAAAUAAACUCAAGCAUUCCUGAAUUUCACUAGGUUUCCCAGUUUCAUAGUCUUUGUAAAUCUGACAUUUAGAAUUCUUUAUUUUCUUAACCAAAACAAAAAAAAUUGCAGAAACGAGGUUGGCAUGUACCUUGUGCCAUAAUAUAACAUAAAAGGCCUCAACCAAAUUUGCAAAAUAGUUACGUCAAUUCAAAUGAAAAUCUAAUAAAUUUUUCCUAACUUAAUAAUAAUAUCCGUAUUCUGU